AUGCACCUCUUCGGCGAAAAAGGAGUGCAGGAGAUGGAGAUCCUAGCCAUCCAGGAGCCAGAAGUGUACAAUCACACCAACCCCAUGACGACGUAUUCCCAGGCAUUAGGUGGACGGUUCCACGUCCUUCUCCCCCCGACGGAACAAGUCCACGGAGGAAAAGCCGAGGCAGACGCCGCGAAACCGCGAGUUUGUUUCUAUGUUAAUAAGAGAAUCGACCCGAAAUCAUGGUCGAUCCGCUACCACACACGAGACGCAAGUACACUCACAGUGAAGACCGAUAGUGGGGCGAUACACGUACACAAUGUAUAUGUGGAGAGCAAGGUCCGAGACGAGGGCGACGAAAAUCGGCAGGAACUACGCGCGGCGACCGCCAAAGCCACGCUCCAGGUAGUCAGAAGAUUGCUAAGGAAUAGCGGCGCGGGCCAGCACGUGGUGGUAGGGGACUUUAACCUACACCAUCCGCUCUGGUCGCAAACGACGCAAUCACAACAGGAGGAUGAAGAUGCCGAUGACCUAAUCAGUAUCAUGGGUGACAGAGACAUGCAACUGCUGACGCAAAGAGGCGCGGUUUCAUACGAGGGCCUGGUGUACGGCAACCAUGUUGAGACCACGCUGGACCUGACAUGGGCGUCGAGAUCCCUAGCCCAGCGAUGUACACGGUGCACCACCCAACGGCAGUGGCUAUAUGCAGCCGACCAUGUGCCAGUCUUGACCGAAUUCGACAUCCAAUGCACUGGAGCGCCCUCCCGGACGACCACGAACUGGAGGGAGGCUAACUGGGACGAGUGGUUGAAAGUGCUCAGAUCCAAGACGUGGUCCCGCCGUCCCCUCCGCAGCACCGACGAAGUCGACCAGGCAGUCGAAGAACUUACCUCCGCGAUGGUAGACGCCACCCACAGCACCGUCCCGACAAAAAGAGUCGGCCCACACUCCUUUCCCACGUACACGAAGAAGCUAGAAGAUCUAAGACGCCAGGUCAAACGUGCACGACGAUGGGCAAGAGAGACCGGAAGCGAAGAGGACCAGGAGCGGUUCCGACAGAUGCGCCACGAACUUGGCCGCCAGAGUGCGAAGGUCGCCAAUGAAGCACAUCGGGAACGAGUAGAAGCAGCGACCAAGUCAAUCGACGACUUCUGGAAGCUAUCGAGAUGGGCCAGGAACACUACCCCGCGGGCGACCCACACUCCGACAUUGCGUGCAGGGGACAGGGAGUACGUGACGGCAGAGGAGAAGGCAGAAAUCCUCCGCGACGUCCUAUUCCCUCCCGCACCCACUGCGGACUUAUCAGACCUCGAGGGAUAUGACUACCCUGCUGCAGUCAACGCGCCACUCAUCACCUCCGAAGAAAUCAUGCACGCUAUACAGCGAUCUGCGUCGUACAAGGCCCCGGGCCCAGACGGGAUCCCAAACGCCGCACUGAAGAAGGCUAUCGAGAUACCAAACCCCCUCAUGUUUCUGACACAUCUGUUCAACGAAUGUCUGCGGCUAGGGUACUGCCCUAGCCACUUCCGCGAAUCGACUACUGUCAUUCUCAGGAAGCCUGGGAAAUCGGACUAUACCAUACCAAAGGCCUACAGACCAAUCACUCUACUGAGCACACUGGGGAAGGCGCUGGAGUCAAUACUCGCUACCCGACUGAGCUACCUCGUCGAGGCUCACGCACUCCUACCGGAUACUCACAUUGGAGGGAGAGUCGGAAGAUCAUGCGAUCAUGCCCUUCACCUUCUCCUUGAGCGAGUGUACGAGUCCUGGAGACGGGAUGAGCACGUCGCUACACUGCUCACACUUGACGUGACUGGUGCGUUCGAUCAUGUGGCGCAUGAGAGAUUAGCCCACUGUCUCAGGAAACGAAGGAUACCGGAGCAAAUGGUUCGGUGGAUUCUGAGCUUUCUGAGAGACCGCUCAACAACGCUGGUUCUACAAGAAGGCUCGAUGGGCACGCACCCGGUUGCCACAGGCAUCCCACAAGGCUCGCCGCUAUCACCGAUCCUCUACCUCUUCUACAACGCGGACCUCAUCGACGAGCUUCACACUGCCGCCGCCGGAAAAGCUCUUGUCACCGGAUACAUCGAUGACAUUUGUAUCUUGGUGUGGAGUCAAUCCGCGCUGGACAAUUGCCGACGCCUGGAGAGGCUGCAUCAAGUCGCGGAUGCCUGGGCUAGUCGCCAUGCCUCGCGCUUCGCGCCUGCCAAGUACGGAUUAAUGCACAUGUGGAAGAAAGGCUGGAGUGCUCGAAGGGUAAGCCGACCGCCGUCCGGCGAGAGCAUCACCCUUCAAGGCGUUAAAGUCCCGCCCACCUCGUCACUCAAAUACCUCGGCGUCAUGCUAGAUGAGCACCUCACGGGAGAAAGCCAAAUCGCGCAGUGUCGCAAGAAGGCCGCACAAUUGAUUGCCGCGCUACGGUCAAUUGCGGGGAUGACAUGGGGCGUCUCGACCCUACACCUCCGCCGCAUGUGGACAGCAGUCCUACUCCCUCAGAUCUCAUUCGCCUGCUCCGCGUGGUAUACACAAGGGGCGUACGGCUCUAAAACAUUCGAGGAUCGAGCGAAUAGCGCCUUUCGGUCGAUGCAACGGCAGGUUCUCCAGUAUAUCGCAGGUUCUUUCCGGACGACUGCCGGGCCCGCCCUGGAGGUAUGUCUCUUCGUCCCACCUGCACCAAUCGCCAUACAACGCCUCGCGGAAGAGGCCUGUCUCCGCAUACAUGCUUCACCCCUUCGGUCCACACUCGCUAGACGAAGUGAGGAAGGACGACGAUACGGGCUGAUAUCGCCUCUCAAACGACUGGAGACACAUCUCAAGUUCAAAGGAGUUGAAGUCAACAGGUUGCAGCUGAUCCGGCCGUUCGCGGUCCCCCCGUGGUGGCAACCGCCCGAGACCCGGAUAGCACCGGACAAGGACACUGCCAUCAAAGAACAUGAUCUGAUUCUCCGCGCGACACCUCUCUACGGACCAAACUCGGCAAUCGCCUACACGGAUGGGAGCAAGACAGAGAACGGAGGCGUCGGUGCCUCGGCAGUCACGUCCAAAGGGAACGCAACCGCCAGACUCGACGACCAGGAUACCGUCUACGCGGCUGAACUGAAGGGUAUCCUACUGGCACUCAGCCAGAUUAAAGAUGACCUGGUGAGGGAGCUUGUGGCUACCUCGAAAGCCCCCGUCCGCACAAUGACCAUUUUCACGGACAACCAGGCCGCCAUCCAGGCAUGUGCCCACCCGCGACGCAGCUCCGGGCAGCAGAUUCUCCGCAACAUCGCCAUUCAGAUAGAAAACCUACGACUGGCGGCCUGGCGCAUCCGUAUCCACUGGAUCCCCGGUCACAUGGGAGUCCACGGAAACGAGCACGCCGACGUCCUAGCAAAGCUCGCAGCAAGUACAUACGGGCCCGCCGAAGCGGCCAUCCUCCUUUCCGGCUGCCGCACUAAGCUCCGCGAGCUGGCUGCAAAACGGUGGAAGGAGGAGUGGGCGACAAGCAACAGCGGCGCUCAUCUCCGCGCACUUUUCCCUGAACCGACGAAAGAGAUUUUUACGAUACACGGAUCCCUGAGACGCGCAGCCAGCUCAGUGCUGGUGCAGAUGCAGACCGGUAAGAUUGGUCUCCCCGCUUACCUCGCUACCCUCCCGCAGUGGAGGGAACAGGCCCUAGAAGAUAACCCACUACGCAACCCAUCGCGUUGCACAUGCGACCAAGGCAUCAUGAACACGCACCACAUCCUCUUCUCCUGUCCCCGUUUCAUUGAACUCCGCCACCGAAUUCUUGGUCUUGACCGAGAAGGCGGUAGCGAAGGUGGCCAGGACCCGUGGAAAGAAUGGCUCUCGAAGCCAACAUUAGCAGUCAAAGCAGUCAACUUUAUGAUGCAAACUAAGCUCCUCGGCCAAUUCAGGAGCCUACCGACCACCUACCGAGUCACCAACAAGGUAGACUCGUGA